CAAAAAAAAAAAAAAUAGCUGCGAUCUUCGGUCACGGGCCUCUUGAGAUCCAGGUAUGAGGCUGGAAUGGGGGAAACAAAAAAAGACUGUCAUUAAUAAAACCAGUUAUUAUGUGGUAAAGACAAACAUUUAUUUUUUUAUGGAAUUGUUAAUUUAAUUAUUUUUACUUGUGUCCUUAUGUUUAUUUGUGACAUUAGAAGUGUGUUAUGAACAGGGAAUUUUUAUAAAGAAAAUUCCGUCUCAUUUAGAGCUGAGUUUGUGAACUAAUUUUUAUUUUAUUUUAAUUUUUAACCUGAGUGUUCAUUUAUUAAGGCUGAAUGCUUCUGUGUGGGCUCGCAUAUGGUUCGUCGAUGUGCAUAUGCGUAUUUGUGUGUAGGCUAAGUGAGGGACAAGAAAGCGGGUGGAGGGCGGGGUUGUUCUACUGUGAGUUUCCUCUUUGCCUCGGGAUAAUGAAUGUCUUUUGUUUACCAUUAAAAAUGUGUCUAUUUAACUAAUCCUUAUGUCUGUACGUAUAUAAAGUGUAUAAGAUUUAUUCAUUUGUGUAUUACAGUUAUUCUUAACGCUGAUAGCAAAGUUUUAAACAGGUUUAUGAAAUUGACACAUUUAUUACCAUCUGACUAUCAUUUGUGUAAACUUUGAGCCAGUCUCGUGUCUGCCACCGCUAUUGAAUUUGAAUCAUAGAAGGCAUAAUUCAGAAUUGCCACGAAAAUGAAAACAAAUUCCAGGCGAACUUUCAAUUCCAAACAUUUCCUUUCAAGAACCGCAGGGCAAUGUGAGUUCGCUCUACUUCAAAACAUCUUAUUCAUGGAGGUCAUUACGCGGCCACAUAAUUUCACAGAAUUAUCUUGUGCUAGUUAAAAACCAAAAUGCCCCUUCGGGUCGUGUGUUGUUACAAGUGCUUAGCUGCACAUGAAACUCUGUUUCAGCUGUCACGUUACUAUUAUGGAUUAUGCUUUUGCAUAGAUACAUCGACAUAGAUGACAGGGUAGGAAAGUUGGGCUUGGAUAAGAAAGCUAAAAGACUCAUCGUUGGAAUUUGCAAUUGUGAAUAUCCGUUACAAAUAAAUAGGCCAAUGAUAACAUUCAUUUAACUGGAGAAUGUGCAGACUAGGCCAUUACCGAGCACGGUUAGGAUGUGUAUUGCUUGCUUUUUUCCUGCCUUAGAUAAUAAUAUCACGUAAAUUAAGCAGUGGAAGUAAGUCCGAUUUUGGCGCACAUUAGUGCGUAGUUUCGUCGAGUGUAAACAGAAUACAGGCCAAACGGGAUGUCUAUUUAUUGCCUCUUCAAACGCUAAAACACAACCGUGCGAUUUGUCUUAAGGGCUGCAAUAAAACACUUAAAGCUCUUUCUCUCUAGUCACAUCAACAUACCAACUGCAGACUGAGUGUGGUGUGUUUUACUCGCGACUUCAUUCACAAGACUGAUGCUGUAAAAUAGAUCACAUUAUUAAAAAUCUCCCCAUCAAAGGCUUUUUUUUUUUUGUUCAAAGUCGUUUGUGCAAUAUUGAACAUCAAAGAGAUGUCAUAUAUAGAUGCAACCCACAAUUAGUAUUUGAUCUCAAUUCCGCCAAACACGUCGAAGUGUCAAUUUAAUGAUUUAAGAAUAGAUAAUCUUUAAUUAGUUUGCUUUCAGCAUCGUACUUUCCUGUUUCCAAAUAUUUACAAGCUUAAUGAAAACGUGUUAAAAAAUUAUUGCUGUGGAAAAAAAGGUUAAUUACAUUUCAAAUAUUUGAACUGGCAACUGUUCAAUUUACUGUUUGCAAUGCAACUGUUUUUCUUAAAAUGGUGAUGAAAUAUGUUAAAACGUGUGGACACACUUUUCACGCAGGAUUUUUUUUUAUUACUGUUAUAUAUUACUUUUAUUAGUUAUUUCCACAUUAUACAUGGUGUUAUACUAUAAAUGAAAUCAUAGUAAUAUACGUUAAGGUCCACACUGCCGUACUGACUACUAUAGGCUAUAUUUACUUUAUUAAUUUUGCGGCCUGUAAUUAGUUUGUUUAUUACUUUUAUUGCAUGAUUAUUUAAUGAAUUAAUAGUAUUAUUAUGAAUAUAACUACAACUGCUACUUUUAGUAUAAACUUCAAUGAAUUAACUUCGGAAGAUAAUUAAUAAUAUUCAUAAGCUGCAGUCGUAAACUGACGAAAUAGCACUUACCAAAUUGAUGUUAGGAUAUACACUUAGUUGAGAUUUGACUAGAAAUUUGGUCCAAAAUAUGACAACCCUUUUAAAACAUCAAUCCUUGAUAUUGAUUGAUCCCUGUUUAAAGUAGGCUACUUUGGGAUAUAAAGAAAUAUUGUAUGCAUUUAAUCAGUCUUUAAGCAGAUUAGCCUGUUUUAUAGCUGCUAAAUGCCUUUUCUCACUGUCGGGCUGGAAGUAAAUUUUACUGUUCUGUCAAUCUCGUGUUUUGCGCACCUCUUUCUAAACCACUGUUUUUGGCCUCACACGUUCCGUCAUGUGGCGUGCAUUAAGGUCAUGGAGCAUACCGUAAACAUUCGGUUAAAACUAGUUCUUUUCCCACCACCGAUUCUUUGAACAUAAUUUAUAAAUUGACAAUUCCAUUAAUAUAGUUGCAAAUGUUUAAUAAAGCAGAACAGUUAUAUUUGUAUUGUUCAACAGAUUGUUGGCAUAUGAUCACUGCACGAAAUCCUGUAAAAAAAUACUUAUAAAUAGAAUGAAUACAAUCAAUAAUACAUAAAUUAUGUAAAGAAGUCUUUAGUAUUAUUUAUAUUCAUAAACAUUCUGAAUACCCUAGAAAGUUAAAUGCAAAAAAAAAAAAAAAAAAAUGUGCAGCUUUCAGUGCACAAGAUAAGAGACUCACUGCACAGCCCCCAUACAUUCAAAGGGAUAAUUGCCUCAGUGCUGGAAGUCCUCAGUUGGUUUUGUGACUUUUAUGGCACCAAGGCACGUUUGACGCAUUCUUUAGUAAGAUGCCCCUUCCCCCCUCCUUACUCACGUUCUUUUUACCAUUGAAAUUAUCAAUACAUUACAAAUGGGGACAUCACAUUUGGUGACUGACAACAAUGUCCUGAAUAUGUCUAAUAAUACGAUAUGAAAUGCACACCAGCAAAGUUAUUCACAAUUUCUUGAAUGAAAUUGCGAAAUGCAUCUUAACAUGGAGGGUUAACAAUAUAUGCAUAGAUAAGGAGUAAACAGGCAUGUAGCAAUUAGCCCUUGGUCAUUUAAAAAAAAAAUUGAGUGUAUUCAUCUACCCAGUAGUUAGGUAAAUGUAGUAAUAAAGUUGUUGCUCCGAGAAGAAAUAGCUACAUAUAGUUAUGAUUUAGAAGGCCUAUUGUCAUAUUGUAAAAUCUAAAAAUAUUUAGUUUGGUCUAAGUCAGCGACAAUAAUCAGCUGUAAACGCGAUCUUACAGGUAAUUGUUUUAAUUGAAAAAUAGCUCAUGGUCAAACCGCUUGAUUAUAAUAGAUUUACCGUUCCAUUACACAUCGAGAAAUUUGUGAUUAAUGCACAAAAAGACAUCUCAUUGUUCGUGUGAGUGCCUAUUCUGUGUUUUUGUGUGUGUUUACUUAAACAUUAUCAACUGAAGCCACAAGGAUACGAAGCUACAAGCUCGGUAUUCCUCCAUACACAGCGCAUUCAAUUGGCUGAAAGUGGUCAGGUGACGCUGUCAUAUUGUCCUUCCAUGAGCCAAGCCUUGGCUAUAACACUUGCUUUGCGCGUCUUAACCGGAGACUGGAAAUUAAUAUUAUUGAAAUCCUUCUGAAGUUCCUUUGAAAGAGAGUUAGGAAAGCAGGCAGGAGACGGGUGUAUGUGACAGAAGAAAGCAGACCCCAAAGCACAAAGAAAGAAAGUGAGAGAUUAAGAGAGGGGAAAUAAGAUAGGAGGGUGAGUUGGUGAGAGGGCGAUAGGAAAGGUAUGAAUUCGUACUUCGCGAACCCGUCGCUCUCGUGCCAUUUAUCUGGUGGGCAAGAGGUUUUGCCCAACAUGCCACUGAACACGACCACAUAUGAUUCAGUCAGACAUUUUUCGUCUUAUGGCACCACAGUAACCCAGAACCGGAUUUAUGCGUCCCCUUUCUAUUCACCUCAAGAUAACGUUGUGUUUGGAUCAAGUCGAGGACCGUACGAGUAUGGAUCUAACGUGUUUCUUCAAGAUAAGGAUGUGCUUCCCAGUUGCAGGCAAACUAGUAUGGGACUCAAUGCGCAGAGCCACGUUGCCCAGGAGUACAACCUGGAACAAGCUCGUGCAGGAACACAUGAUCAGAAAGGGAACAACAUUCAGAUCUACCCGUGGAUGCAGCGCAUGAACUCGCACAGCGGAGUUGGGUACGGAUCAGACAGAAGAAGAGGUCGCCAGAUUUACUCCAGAUACCAAACCUUGGAACUGGAAAAAGAAUUUCACUUCAAUCGAUAUCUAACCAGACGCAGACGCAUCGAGAUCGCCAACGCUCUGUGUCUAACCGAGCGUCAAAUCAAAAUCUGGUUCCAGAAUCGGCGCAUGAAAUGGAAGAAAGAGACCAAUCUAACAUCUACUGUACCGGGAAGCGAAUCAACGGGUACUCCUCAAGAGACCGAGAAGGAGACCGAGGAGGAAACCGAGGAAGUGAAAAAGAAAGAUUAGGAAAUCCAUUUCUCGUUCUCGAACGCCUGUUAACUUCAACAUAACUACCUAAACUCUGAGAAUUUGCAAAUAUUAAUGCAUGGACUGUAUACUCUGCUAUUCCUUUGACUGCCCCCUCCUCCAACGAUCUGAAUAGACAAGCUCUACUACAACACCACGCCACUAACAUGUACACACGUAGAAACAAAUGGAGAGAUUGAGAGAGAGAAACACACGUUAUCCACCAUAAUGUAAUUCACUUCUCUUUGUAUUGAAAAUAGCUCAUUACUGACUGCGUGGUGACAAUGCCACUGAUGAACUAUUUGUGUGGGUCUAGUAUCAUGUCGCUAUAGCUCGUAGAAAUCACAUUCGAUGAAAAUAUUCUCGAAUUUGAUAAGUUAGCUACGUCUCCCCAACUAUUAAACCUCUAAACAGAACCCUAAGCAUUCCAGAAGUGAAGGAAACUUCUUAUGUGCACAUUCAAUUUUUUGUGGAUGCAUAUUUGUACAAAUGAAACGAGCACUGACGGGAUGAACUACACUACCUAAAUACUUAAUGCAUUUUUUUUCUUCUGUUUUCUUAAUUUAGCCUUUGCCUCGUCAGUGUUUUGCUGUUCAAAAUGCCGCUGUACUGGCACAUUAACUAUUUGAGAGAAAUUCAAAAAAAAUACAUUUCAUCAUAGUUGUAUGCAUAUAAACUUGUCUUAAAGUGAGAAUCACACCCAUAUGAAAACAAACAUAUACCUUGUUACGCAAUUAUAUUGUUUGUGUAAACUGUGUAUUAUUUAAUAAACUUUUUGGAGAAAAAAAAA